AUGACCCGCCAGAAGAACGACAUCGCCAACGGCGUCCGCCUCGAAAACGCAAGUUGGCGCACGUGGUGGAAGCAGCGCAAUGGUCUGGGCACCGUCUCCCCUGAAACGUUGAACUGGUCAGUGUUCCAGAUUCCCCUGCCCUCUGCCUCGCCCCGUCCUAUACAAUCCUAA